AUGAGCGGGCACUCGGCCAUGCAAAACACGCCGGUUGCAAAAGCCCGGCGCCCCGCCCCCGGCUCCAGUCCGGCGAGGCAGACGCCCGGGAAAACGGCCACCCUCCCGGCCAAACCGCCGCCCAGGCCGGCCAGAAAAUCCCGCCCGUACAUCCGCGUGGCGCCCUUGAACACGCCCCUCGCACGGCGGCUCCAGACGUUGGCCGUGGCGUGGCACACCGUGUCCAUCCCGUUCUUCUGCUGCGUGUUUCUCCUCAUGGUCUACGCGGGCCGAGUCGCGUGGCUCUGCGUGAUCUUGCCCUACUUCGUGUGGCUCUACGGCUUCGACUUGCACACGCCCACCAACGGCAAGGUCGUGUAUCGCGUGAAGGACGCCAUGCGCAACUUGCUCUUGUGGCGCUGGUUCGUGGACUACUUCCCCAUCCGCGUGCACAAGACUUGCGAGUUGGAGCCCACCUUCACCUGCGAGCUCGUGGAGCCCGAGGCCGCGUCCGACGACGAGCAGGACUUGCUCUCGGACCGCCCGCCUGCUGCCGCCAGCGACGUGCUCUGCUUCUUGCGGCUCCGCAAACGGCCCGCGGCCUCGAGGCACCUUGCAAAGGCUCUGCGGCCGGCCGCCAAGGGCUCGGAAUUGCGCCGCCGCGCCACGGGGCCGCGGUACAUCUUCGGCUACCACCCGCACGGCGUCAUUUCCAUGGGCGUGGUGGGGCUCUUUGCCACGAACGUGUUGCGCAACGAGCCCUUCGAGCCGCCGCUCCGCUUCCUCAAGCCGUUGUUCCACGACCCCUCGCAGGGCAAGCGCUUGUUCCCGGGCAUUGGGCACGUGUUCCCCUUGACGCUCAUGGAGCAGUUCGUCAUCCCGUUCUUCCGCGACUACUUGCUCAGCAUGGGCCUCACGAGCGCCAGCGGGAAGAACAUCAAGUCCGUCAUCAGCAACGGCGACAACUCUGUCUGUCUCGUGGUAGGCGGUGCGCAGGAGUCCUUGUUGAACGACGUGGUGGGGGGCCAUCACCGCGUUGGCAUCGGGUCCGGCGACCGCGCGGAGCCGGAGACCAAGUGCCCUGCGCCUCCCGCCGAUGGGCUCAAAGAUGGCGCGUACGACGAGACCGUGUCUUCCAUGGCCAUGAAGCAGAUUCGCUUGGUCUUGCAAAAACGCAAGGGCUUUGUCAAGUUGGCCAUCGAGUUGGGAAACGUCUCGUUGGUACCCGUGUUUGCCUUUGGCGAGGCGGACAUCUACCGUCUUUCUAGACCGCCUCCCGGCUCAUGGGGCUACUCGUUCCAGCGAUGGAUGAAGAACAAGUUCCACUUCACACUCCCCUUCUUCUCGGCCCGGGGAAUGUUCAUCUACGAUUUCGGUUUCCUUCCUUACCGCACGCCCAUCAACAUUGUCACAGGCAAGCCUAUCUACGUUCCCCCGGGGCUCCUCCUGGACGAAUAUGACGACCCAGCGCCCAGAAAGGAGAGGCUGUCGUCUCUCACCAAUCUCUUGAGCCUCAAGAGAAAGAAGCUGCAGACCCGGAAGCGCAAGGUUCCGCAGGAUAUACUAGACCACUACCACCGCUUAUACGUUGAGGAACUUAGACGCUUGUACGAAGACAACAAGGACAAGUUCGGAUAUGGCGACGUCGAGUUGAAGAUCAUCGAGUAG